UGGCUUUUCUGCUGAGCCAUCGGAGAAACCCAUUUAUACCUCCUCCCUGAGCCAGCUGCCUGUGGCUUGCCAGUUGAUCCUGUCCUUCCACCAGUGCUGUCUGUUUUUCUCCUUGGGACUUAGGUUCUAAAUCCACUAAACCAAGAUGUCAGAUGAAGAAAAAAGGAAGAGGGCAAUCACUGCCCGCCGGCAGCAUCUGAAGAGUGUUAUGCUCCAGAUUGCUGCUACUCUCCUAGAGAAAGAAACAGCAGCUAAAGAAGCAGAAAAGGCCAAUUACCUUGCCGAGCACUGUCCUCCUUUGUCACUCCCACACUCCAUGCAGGAGUUGCAGGAGCUAUGCAAAAAGCUUCAUGCCAAGAUAGAGGUGGUGGAUGAGGAAAGAUAUGACACUGAGGCUAAGUUACAGAAAACCACCAAAGAGCUUGAAGACUUGAGCCAGAAACUGUUUGACCUGAGGGGCAAGUUCAAGAGGCCACCCCUGCGUAGGGUCCGCAUGUCUGCUGAUGCUAUGCUGCGUGCCCUUCUGGGCUCCAAACACAAGGUCUGCAUGGACCUUCGCGCUAACCUGAAGCAGGUCAAGAAGGAGGACACUGAGAAGGAGAAGGAUCUGCGUGAUGUGGGUGACUGGAGGAAGAACAUCGAGGAGAAGUCUGGCAUGGAGGGCAGGAAGAAGAUGUUUGAGACUAGUGAAUCCUAAAUCCCACGCAGCUGUUAACUGUAAUCCUGGUAUCUAGGCAAUUUCCAAAUUUCUCCUUCUCCAUCUCUCCUGCCACCUAUUUUUCAAACCAGCUCUCUAGCAGCGUUGUUUAGGGCUAAACUUCCUGAGCCCAAGGUCACAUUUCACAAAGCAAUCCAAGGCACAAGACCUACUUUCAGUCUCACCCCCUACUGUUGCUAUGGAAACAACUGUCUUAAAUCAUGCAAUGUCAUAAUUACAUUUUGAAACAAUGCUAGUGGCAUGAACUGAAAUCAAAUGCAGUUUAACCCUGUAAUUUUGUAGGAUCUGGUGUAUCAAAGUGAUCUUAACUGUGUAAAUAAAGCUUUGAAAGUAUGGUUGAAUUUUUAAGCCUUGGAGAGCAAGGCAUGAAUUUA